GCACGGCACGGCUCGGGCGCUCGCCCCCGAUAAUGCAGAGCUACAAGUACGAUAAGGCGAUCCCGCCGGAGAGCAAGAAUGGGGGCAGCCCGGCGCUGAACAACAACCCGGCCAAGAGCAGCAGCAAGAAAGCCCUGCUCAUCUGCCUCGACUUCCUCUGCCUCGUCAUGGCCGGGUUGCCCUUCCUCAUCAUUGAGACGAGCACAAUCCAGCCCUACCAGCGGGGCUUCUACUGCGACGAUGACAGCAUCAGGUACCCGCUGAAGACGAUGGAGACGAUCAAUGACGCAGUGCUGUGUGCUGCGGGCAUCCUCAUCGCCAUCCUCGCUAUUAUAACGGGAGAGCUCUACCGCAUCCACUACCUGAAGGAGAAGACGCGCUCCUUUAUCCAGAACCCCUACGUGGCAGCGCUCUACAAGCAGGUGGGCUGCUUCGUUUUCGGCUGUGCCAUCAGCCAGUCCUUCACAGACAUUGCUAAAGUGUCCGUUGGGCGCUUGCGGCCGCAUUUCGUGGAAGUUUGCGAUUUGGAUUUCUCCACCAUCAACUGCGCUAAGGGAGUUUACAUCCAAAACUACACCUGCAGGGGAAGCGACAGCAAGGUCCAGGAAGCCAGGAAAUCCUUCUUCUCCGGGCACGCGUCCUUCUCCCUCUACACCAUGCUGUAUUUGGUGUUUUAUCUGCAGGCCAGAUUCACGUGGAAGGGAGCCCGCCUGCUCCGUCCCCUCCUCCAGUUCACCCUCAUCAUGAUGGCGUUUUACACCGGCCUGUCCCGUGUGUCGGACCACAAGCAUCACCCCACCGACGUGCUGGCGGGCUUUGCACAGGGAGCCCUGGUGGCUUACUGCGUGGUGUUUUAUGUCUCAGAUCUCUUCAAGCCCAAGACAAAGACUUGCCUGCCUCCACCACCCAUCAGGAAGGAGAUCCUUUCACCUGUGGACAUCAUUGAGCGGAAUAACCAUCACAACAUGGUGUAGACCUUCAAGAAAUUGGAUGGGUGUUGUAUUUUAUUUUAAAUUUUUUUUUUUUUUGCAAAAAAAAAGACUGCUGACAGCAACUACCUGCUGCUCUCAAAUCUCAUCAGACAGUAGAAUGUAGGGAGAGACUUUCUUGCCCGACCAGUAAAGUCUUACUCUGUGGUCUUUUCAACUUGCGACAUUUGGAUGAAAGGGGUGGUGGUCAACUAAGUCAAAAGCGACAAUGAGAAAGAAAAAACACAAAAUACAAAAGCCGAACAAACAAAGAGAGGUGCCGGAGUUCUGGAUGUGCAAUUGGUUUGAGUGUUCAUGUUGUAGUGAACGCCAAAUUGUUCAUACCCUAAUGAACACUAAGGGAUUUUUGGAAAGCUGGCCAUCUUAUUUUUUUUACUAUGAAGAUUUUCAAUGCCUGCGAGAAAAAAAAAAACAACUCACAACUAAAUUGUAUAGCACUAUAUACGAGAAACAGCACUGAGUCAAGAUCUGGGAUUGGUUUGUAAGAGUUGCUUUUUUUCUCUUUUUGAUACUAGUUUAUUUUUGCCUCCUCUAUUCCAUACUGUGACUUAGUUUAGAAGAAGCUUGCCCGGUCAAAGAUCUCUGAAGGGUCUCUGUUCACACUACACGCCUUUAACAAGCAGUCCUGAGACGCGCAGUGAGGCUGAAUAACUCCAUCCUCUGCGCAGAGAAGCCACAUUUCUUCCUCUCCGCUUGCUCCCUGGCGAGGGUUCCUCCUGCCUAAGCCCCCAGGCGUGCGUAGCACCCACAAAUGGCCCUUCAUGAAAAGAGCAUCCUCCGCUUCCCGGCCAUCCCCUGCUCCUCCCCCCCCCCAAAAAAUCACAGCAGAUUUUCUGUGUGCCCACGGGAGCUAGCAGUUUGCAAGUGGGUAGCGACGGCUCUGCUGAAGAUGCGUUCGCACUACGACCUCGGGGCUGAGUCCUGGGGAAACUUUUAUUCUGCAGUUUCGGGACGGGCUGCUGGGCGGCACGUCCCAGCCUGGGUGUCAGUCGGUUUGUACAUCCCCCCCCACCCCCCCCCCCCUCCUCCUUCUCCCUUGGGCACCCCAGUGUGCGCCACGGCAGGUACCAGGUCCUGUGCUCUGCUCGGUGACACCGGUGGUAAAUCAGUCGUGCCUAUAUCGAGUGUGAGUAUUUUUUUUAUUUUUUUUUUGCCCAGAAACCACAGGUUCUUGGUUUGCAGCCCUUUCACAGAGCAUGUUUGCAAAGGGAUCCCGCAAAGCAUGCAGAACGGCCAUUUGCACAUCCUUCUUACAGAAUCCGUCCUAUCAUUUCAACUAUAGCAAGCUAUGAUUUUUUUUAUAUAUAAAUAUUAUAUAAAUAAUGUAUAAAACCUUAAAAAUUAACUAUGUAAAAUAUUAUUUCUGAAACAAUUUUAGAUAUAUCCACUAUGACUAUAAACUGUGUCCUGACCUGUGUUAUUUACAUUUUGCUGCUUAAAAAAGCAUUGAAUUAAUUUUUUUAUAGUCGACUAAAAUAUUGUAGUUCUGUGGUAGUAAUAUUUUAAUGAAAAUAACUACAAUUAGAGACAUUUGUAUAAAAAAAAAUCAUAUUAAAUUGUCUGUAUUUUUGUAAUGUUCCAUUUUGUAAAGAGAAGAAUAUUCAAAGACUUUUGUAGAAUACAAAAUUGAAGUUUGUAUCUGCGAAAUUAUUGCUGUAUAAAUGUGCUUUUUAAAUAAA